AGUUCUUUUGUUUUGGUGGCGCUGGGCAUUGUGGGAAGGCCGGUCUCCUCCGCGCGCCUUAGCUUGGAGGUGAAAGAGGCCUGAAAGGAAGCGAAGAGGCGCUGCUGGCAACGGAGGGGGGGCUGCCUCCUCCUCCUCUUCCUUCGCUUUCAUUACUCGGGCAGGCUCACGAGGCUGCUUUCCUUGUGGUGGGGAAGAAGGUUGGCAGUGAUUGAACUGUAUUUUUCCUGAUUUCUGCAAAGCCUGGAAUUCCUCUUGUGGUUGUAAUGCAUGAUAGGAUCUGCAGCCAGUUUAAACAGCACUUUCAGAAGACAGUUUCUCCUCCUAAAUCUUUAAUUUCUUCUCUAUUAACGAAGUCUUCACUCUUAGUACUCUUUUCACAAUUGUAUAAUUUAUUUGCAAACACAAAUCACUGAACUAUCCAGCGGUUCUCCUUAAUUUUCUUCACUGCAGCUGGAGUGUACAAGUACAGAGUGGCCAGGAACACCAGCUUUUUUGUUUACUUCCUUGUUGACGCAUUUUAACAGGCCUUGGAACAGAAAAGACUUGUUCGAAAUCCUUGAAUGCUUUUUUAAGGAAACGAAUAAAAUGACCAUCGAUUCAAAGAAAGGAAUCACUUUUUCUCAUUGUUUGCAAGGCACAUAAACAUACAAUCUUCUCUUGCAAGCUUUAUUCCCUUUUUGUAGCCAUGGCAGCUGCCACAAUAGUACAUGAUACUUCUGAAGCUGUAGACCUCUGUGCUCCAUAUGGGUUAUACCUUAAGCCCAUUACAAAAAUGACAAUCAGUGUGGCACUUCCUCAGUUAAAGCAGCCUGGGAAGUCCAUUUCUAACUGGGAGGUGAUGGAAAGGCUCAAAGGAAUGGUGCAGACCCAUCAGUUCUCAACGUUACGAAUUUCCAAAAGCACCAUGGACUUCAUUCGCUUUGAAGGAGAGGUGGAAAAUAAGAGUCUGGUUAAAUCCUUCCUUGCAUGCCUGGAUGGCAAAACUAUUAAACUUAGUGGCUUUUCAGACAUUUUAAAAGUGCGUGCUGCAGAAUACAAAAUUGAUUUUCCCACAAGACAUGACUGGGAUUCCUUUUUUCGUGAUGCAAAGGAUAUGAAUGAAACUCUGCCGGGGGAAAGGCCAGAUACUAUUCAUUUGGAAGGCUUACCGUGUAAAUGGUUUGCCUUGAAAGACUCCGGCUCAGAAAAACCAAGUGAAGAAGUGCUUAUCAAGGUGUUCAGCAAAUUUGGGGAAAUACGUAAUGUGGACAUACCCAUGUUGGACCCAUACAGAGAAGAAAUGACUGGGCGAAACUUUCAUACGUUCAGUUUCGGAGGCCACUUGAAUUUUGAAGCUUAUGUUCAGUAUGAGGAAUAUGCAGGUUUCAUCAAGGCUAUGAAUGCUUUGCGAGGGAUGAAGCUGAUGUACAAAGGCGAAGAUGGCAAAGCAGUGGCUUGUAAUUUAAAGGUGUCAUUUGAUUCAACAAAACACCUUAGUGAUGCUUCAAUUAAGAAACGUCAGCUUGAAAGGCAGAAGCUUCAAGAGCUGGAAAAGCAAAGAGAAGAACAAAAACGUAAAGAAAAAGAAGCAGAGGAAAGACAAAAAGAAGAGGAAAGGAAACAGAAGGAAUUUGAGGAAUUAGAAAGAGAGAGAAAGAGAGAAGAGAAACUGCGGAAGAGAGAGCAGAAACAAAAGGAUCGUGAAAUGCGUAAAAACAAGAAAAAACUUGAAAAAAUUCAAGCUGAAGAACAAAAAAAGCUGCAAGAAAAAAUAAAACUAGAGGAGAGGAAACUUCUGUUAGCUCAGAGAAACCUUCAGUCCAUUCGGUUGAUUGCUGAACUGCUGAGCAAAGCCAAGGCAAUAAAGCUUCUGGAGCAGGAGCACAACAAGGAAAAAGUCCGCCUUCAACAAUUGGAAGAAAGAAGAAAGCUGCAAGAAGCUGAACUCCGUCGUGUUGAGGAGGAGAAAGAGAGAGCUCUUGAAUUGCAAAGAAAAGAGAGAGAAUUGAGAGAGAAGCUGUUAUGCAAUCUCUUAAAUAAAAAAAUGGAAGCAACUCAUCUGAAAAAAAUUGAACCUAUUGUACUGCAGACUAUCCCUUUGAAACCUCCAGGAGGUGUUCAUCCUUAUGUCAUAUCUACCUCGCCUCAGUCCACCUUGGCAAAACCAAGUCACCUCUGUCAAAGCAGCAUAAUAGCUAGUGAGAGUCUAGGUUCUCAGCCAAAGUAUUUAAAUGGGAGCCUUCAUGAGGAAGUUCUGAUUAAAGACCCUAAAAUUACUAUCGGUAACAAGGGUACAAUUUCUAGUGAAAGUGGUUCAGGUGUGCUUUCGUGCAUCCCUGCAAAUCAACAACACAAGAGUCCUCCAAACCAUGAGCAGAACUGCCACAGGAAGGAUUUGUUGUCUGAACCAGGCAAAUGCAACAGAGAGCCAAGCAAGGGAAAAAGUCACGCCUACAGAGACACGCAGAACCAUCAUAAUAAAGAUAAAACUGAAAAAAGCAGACACAGAAGAGACUGGAGUAGCGAUGAUGAAAAAGGAAAAAAAGAAAGGCGCCUCCAUAAAAAAUAUUCUACCAAGAGUAGCAGUACUCCCCAGAGGAGUUCAAGUCGAGAACAUGCACGCCAUAGACGGUCCUUGAGUACCGACAGAGAGCGAGAUAGAAGGGGAAGCAGCCAUGGUCAUAAAAGCACGGGCAGGAAGCAGAAACACCAGAAGAGAUCUCUGAGCAGCCAAAGAAACUCUUGGAGUAGGUAAUAGAGGACUCUUGAGUUCCAUAAGGGCUAUCUAACAAAUGGAGGAGAGUGGAUCUGUCUUUCUGCCCAGGGAGAGGUGGGGCGAACUGAUGGGGAAUUUUACUUGAAUGUGGUUUGUGGAGUCAAGAAACAUAUACCCACAGUCUCCCAGGCUCUUUUCUUAACCUUUUUCUGUCAUCUCUGUGUUGGUUUACUUAUAGUACCAGAAAUUUUGAUCAUUUUUGUGCUCACAUCUUUCCCUGUAAUAACUAGCCUAGUUAGGUGUACAUAAUUUUACACACACACACACACACACACACACACACACACACACACACACACA